AUGAUUCACGAGUGUUUAUUCAAUUUAUGGAAUAAUUCAAACGCGGCAGACUUGUCUGAAAAACAUAAUUGGACACAUUUGUUUGAACUACAAGACUUCCUACACCCUGGUGAACAGAAAUUGCUGCAAAUGAUCGUUGAAGUAGCAAUGGAUUACCACAAGAUAUCAGCUUUUAAUCAAACAAUUCUCAACCUGAAUCUUAGACCUGAAGAUUCAAGCAUGCCCCUUUCUGUGGUGUCAGAAAAACUUCCAACUGGGCUUUACAUAACAGCAUUCUGUAAUGGUUUGCACAAGGUCUUAGAAGACUACAGAAAUGAGACUAUUAGAUUAGAAAAUAUGUUUUUGCAAAAUCCACAGUUAUCAUUGACAUUCAUUCUUUGUUCAUUGGAAAAAUAUAGGAGUUUAUUUCAAGUUCUUUUAUCCAUGAUAAAUUUAGUUCAAAAGGAGAACAUACAUGGUUGUCUAUUAAUUGGUAGGCUUCACAAAUAUGUCAAUUGUGGAGUAGAUAGAAUUAGCUUAGCUGCCAAUCAGAUAAUAAGAUCUAUCAACACUAUAUUCUAUAGACAUUUGUGCAACUGGAUAAUAUAUGGAGAUUUAGUUGAUACUUUUGGAGAAUUUUUCAUCAUAGAUGGGAAAGUAGCUGAUCCAAAUUUCAUGUACCCUGAGCAAAUGGUUGACAUGUCCUCAGAUAGUAGCACACAUAUUGGAUUACUUAAGAAAAGUCCUAUUAGGAGUCCACCUGUGGUAAGGAAAUUUGUAAUCAACUGGGAAAUGGUACCUUUGUUCAUGAGUGAAGAAACAGCUGAAAGUAUACUGUUCAUGGGGAGGAUAGUGUGGAUUGUGAAAAACAAUCCUAAACAGUGUGACAACGAAAAUUAUCACAUAAAAUUCAAAAGAGACAUAUGGGAGAGCAAGGAUGCUGACUAUUACAGAAAAGUGCAGGAACUAGAAAAUGACACAUUCAAUAAUAUAGGGUUCCAAAUUGCAAUUGAAGAAUGUAGAAUUAAGUUGACCAAAUAUUUGUGGUCUGUUAUGUUGGGUGAAGGAAAAUUAAUUGAACACUUACACUUGAUUAGGGAUUACUAUGCAUUAGGCAGAGGAGAGUUGUUUCAGCAAUUCAUUAGUGUUGCUGAGGACCACUUGAAAGACACUUCUUCAGAUCUGAUAGUACAAAACUUGAACUUUAUUUUUCAUGAAACAGCAAGGAAGAUAUAUGGGGAAAAUGACAAAACUUAUUUGAAGUUUGAGAUCACUUCCAGUGCUGAUGUUGGCAGAAUUAAUCUGUGGUCCAAGUUGGAAAUGAAUUUUGGAAUCAACUGGCCCCUGCACAUUGUGUUUCAUCCCAAAGUGAUGGAGUUGUAUAAUAAGUUGUUCUGCUUUUUAUUGAGGCUGCGUAAAACACAAAUUGAUUUACAUAAACUUUGGGCAGACCAUGUUUCAAAAAAACAAAAAAUAGAUAGGAGAGUGUGGCCUUUGAGGCAAAACUUGAUGUUUCUUGUAAAUAACCUACAGUAUUACCUACAAGUAGAUGUAAUUGAAGCACAGUUCUCUUUGCUGUUGAAAGCUGUGGAAAAUGCCAAUGAAUUUGAAGACAUUAUUAAAGUUCAUCAUGAAUUCAUCAGUAACUUGUUAGCCAAAACUUUUGUUUCCACACCUGAUGAGGGGCAUAUUUACAAAAAUAAGCAUAGACUUUAUCAAACUCCUGCUGUUCAAUAUGAUGUUCCAAGUAAGGUCUACAGUGUUAUAUUGAAAUUAUUGGAGCUCUGUGAUGACUUCUGUCUAGUAGCUAGGACUUGGGAGUCAGAAUUACUAGUACCUGAAUUGGAAGAACUGGAAGUUUUCCAAAAACGCAGUGAUAUGGUUAUUGAAUCUCUUCUGUUCAUAUUGUACAGGUUGCAUGAAAAAGUCAGUGGUCAACACCUGUUGCAAUUGCUCUCUCAGCUGGACUUCAAUAAGUAUUUCAGUAAAAACAAGCCUGAUUUUUUUUCUAAUACUCUUUAA